AUGCAGAUCUGUACAGGAGGCGUAGUGGACGGUGGACUUCGGUUAUGGUAUCCGAAGAAAAUUAGGAAGCUCUUUCCAACGCCACUUUCCUCGAUGCAAGCUGUACUGAAAAUCGCUCUUUUCAUCUUGUCCGCAGUAGCAUUCGGCACCGCUUAUAAACCUCCCCAUACGAAGCCAGCCAAAGCUGAAUCUCAGAAAUCAGCCCCGAGGAACGCACGCGAAUGGGCGGUGGGUUUUCGUAUCAAAUAUGUGUUACCGUUGCAAAGGGCAGCGUAUUAUUUUGCGACUGCUAACGAGUGUCUCCAUAUUCUAUUGACACUAAACGCCACUACCAGGGACUCGAUUCCGUCUAUAAGCCCCAUGUUUCUCUUGGGGGCAUUCCUCUCAUGCCUUGGGGGGUUUAUUCGAUUUUGGUGUUACCGCGAACUUGGUGAAUGCUUUACGUAUGAGCUGGUACCCGUUGGGCAGCACGCUACAGACGAUUCCGUCGUAAAGCAUCCCAAACUUAUCACGACCGGACCUUACAAUUACAUCCGCCAUCCUUCGUACCUUGGAUCUUGGAUCUGUUUCUCAGGAAGUGUGAUGUGUCUUCUUGUCAGGGGAUCAUGGAUUAGGGAGAGCGGAUUUCUCAACACCGUGCUUGGGAAAUUAGCUGUCGGCAGCUGGAUUUCUGCCGUCGGCCAAGGAGUUCUUUUGGUGACCAUGAGGAUAAACGAUGAAGAUGAGUUGAUAAAAAAGCAAUUUGGGGAACAAUGGAAUAGAUGGUGCAAGAAGGUGCAGUAUAGAAUGAUUCCUGGUGUCUUCUGA